GGGACUCGACUUUUCCCGCGCUGUUCGUGUUGUUACUGUCAGACUGUGCUUCCCACCUCUGUGUGGGUAACUUGCUAUGGACUUGUCAGUGUAUGAUCCGGCCAGUUUACCUGAUCUCCUACCGCUUUAUUACCGGAGACUCUUCCCCUUCUAUCAGUAUUUCCGGUGGCUUAACUACGGAGGCGUUGUAAAAAAUUAUUUUCACCACCGAGAGUUUAGCUUUACAUUGAAAGAUGAUGUAUAUGUACGAUACCAGUCCUUCAACAAUCAAAGUGAACUGGAAAAAGAGAUGCAGAAAAUGUGUCCGUACAAAAUAGAUAUUGGGGCUGUUUAUUCACACAAGCCAAGUCUACACAACACUGUAAAAUCAGGAACUUUUCAAGCACAGGAGAAGGAGCUGGUAUUUGAUAUAGACAUGACAGAUUAUGACGAUGUCCGGAGGUGUUGCAGCUCUGCGGAUAUAUGUCCGAAAUGCUGGACUCUAAUGACCAUUGCAGUUCGAAUUCUAGACAGAGCAUUGGCAGAGGAUUUUGGAUUCCAGCACCGUUUAUGGGUCUACUCAGGCAGAAGAGGUGUUCAUUGCUGGGUGUGUGAUGAUUCUGCAAGGAAGCUUUCCCAAGCUGAAAGGUCGGCAGUGGCUGAAUAUCUGAGUGUUGUGAAGGGUGGAGAAGAAACAAUAAAGAAAGUCCAGCUCUCUGAUCCAAUUCAUCCAUUCAUAGGGAAGUCUCUGAAAAUGGUGGAAAGAUACUUUGAAAAAUAUGCCUUGGUGGACCAAGACAUCCUAGAGAACAAACAGUGUUGGGAUAAAGUAGUUGCACUAGUUCCUGAAGUUGCCCGUGAAAACCUGCUGCGGGAAUUCUCAAAAGCACGUUCUUCUGUUGAACGUUGGGAUAAACUCUCAAGCUGUCUAGAAGCCACAGUGAAGGAUCUUAGGAGACACAGUAAUAUACCCAAAGAAAUUAUGCUGCAAUUCUGUUAUCCCCGACUGGAUGUGAAUGUCAGCAAAGGACUGAAUCACUUGUUGAAAAGCCCAUUCAGUGUACACCCCAAAACAGGACGAAUUUCUGUUCCUAUAGACACUAAAAAGCUGGACCAGUUUGACCCAUUUUCAGUACCAACUAUAAGCUUAAUAUGCAGUGAGCUGGAUAAUGUUUGCAAAAAGGAAGAUGAUCAAGAUAGCUCUGGUGAAGGAGAACCCGAAGCGAAGAAACGGACAAGAGAUUACAAGAGAACCAGCUUGGCACCUUACAUAAAGGUUUUUGAGCAAUUCCUGGACAAACUGGAUCAGUCGAGGAAAGGGGAACUUCUUAGCAAAAGUGAUUUGAAGAAGGAAUUUUAAGUUUUGCCAUAAACUUUGAGCAAAGAGCUGCCUUCAACGCACGUGGAUAUGGAGGAACAGGGCAGGGAUAAUAUGAAGUACUGUGUCCCUUAUUUCCUCAACGUCACUCUGACAAACCUGAUACCUCCAUGAAUACCUGACUGAUGUAUGAGAUUAUUCCAUCUAGGAACAUGGAAUGUUACAAGUUUUUUUCUACUACUGUAAAAAAUACAAAAAUAAAACCUUUUGGAGUAAGUU